AUGAGCGCACCCCAGUCGCAGCCCGUCAACAACGAGGCACUCGUGCCGUCGCAGGCCUACCAGCCGCCCACCACGGCGCCGCCGCCUGCCGACCACGACACCGUCGCCGACGACAAGCACGCCUACACCUCGUCCGAGCGCGACCUCGAGAGCAGCAGCGGCAAGCCCGCCAUCGAGAACAUCGAGUCGCACCCCGAUGGCGAGCCCAGCCGCUUCACCCGCGCCUUCAAGGCUGUCCGUCACCACAAGGCCACCAGGAUCGCCUUUGACUUUGCCCUCAUCGGACUCAUCCUCGGCUGGUGGCUGCCCGGUAUCAUCCGCGAGGAGACUCGGCACAAGUGGGUGAUCACCACCAUCUGGUCGUGGUUCUUCAUCCUCCUCAUCCUCUUCCACAACGACCGCUACCUGCCCAAGAAGCCCUUUGCCAACGGCAUCGAGUUUGUCUGGACCCGCAUCGCCGCCAACCCCUGGAGCCGCAUCCCAUACUACGGCAAGCUCGCGGUUGGCUGGAUUGCCAUCCUCGCCCUUUUCCUCGGCUCGGCCUUUGGCAUCAAGGAGGUUCCCGAGUCGAGGUACGCCGACCGCGCUCGCUCGCUGUUCGGCGUCUUCCUCAUCAACUGCGCCUUCUACGCCAUCUCGACCAAGCGCCGCCACAUCAAGCUGCAGCCCGUCCUCACCGGCAUCGGCCUCCAGAUGAUCAUCGGCCUGCUCGUCUUCAAGACGGGUGCCUUCUACUCGGUCGCCCGCUGGCUCGGAUUCGCCGCCGCCGACCUGCUCCAGCAGGGCAUCAACGGCGGCGCCUCGUUCUUCUGGAACGACCUCGCCGGCAAGCACUACUUCUUCAUCGACACGCUCAGCUCCAUCAUCUUCUUUGUGGCGCUCGUCGUCCUGCUCUCGUACAUCGGCGUCAUGUCGUGGUGCGUCAAGAAGUUUGCCUGGUUCUUCUUCAAGCUGAUGGGCAUCUCGGGCGCCGAGGCCGUCGUUGCCGCCGCCUCGCCCUUCAUCGGCCAGGGCGAGAACGCGGUGCUGGUUCAGUCGUUCCUCGACCUCAUGACCAACGCCGAGCUCUUCCAGAUCCUCGUCUCGGGCUUCUCGACCAUUGCCGGCUCCGUCUUCCUGGCCUACGUCGGCAUGGGCGUCUCGCCCACCCACCUCAUCACCUCGGCCGUCAUGUCGAUCCCCGCCGCCAUUGCCGCGUCCAAGAUGGUGGUGCCCGAGACCGAGAACCCCGUGACCCAGGGCUCGAUCAACAUUGAGAUCAACGAAAAGGGCGACGCCGUCGACCCGCUCCACGCCUUUUCCAACGGCGCCUGGCUCGGCGUCAAGGUGGCCGCCCUCAUCUUCUGCAACGUGCUCUGCAUUGUCUCGCUGCUGAGCGCCGUCAACGGCCUCCUCACCUGGAUCGGCAACUUCUGGACCAUCAACGAGCUCACCUUGACGCUCAUCGUCGGCUACAUCCUCUACCCGCUCGUGUGGUGCAUGGGCGUGCCCAAGGGCGAGCUGCUGCGCGUCUCGCAGCUGCUCGCCACCAAGGUCAUCGCCAACGAGUUUGUCGCCUACGGCCAGCUGCAGAAGAUCCGCGAGAGCGCCUUCCCGCUCAGCGACCGCUCGGUCCUCAUCUCCAACUUUAUGCUGGCCGGCUUCGGCAACAUUGGCUCGCUCGGUAUCAACAUCGGCGUGCUCUCGGCCCUCGCGCCGAGCCGCGGCGCCGCCAUUGCCCGCCUGGCGCCCCUCUCGCUGCUGACGGGUAUCCUCGUCACCUGCUCGUCGGCGUGCAUCGCCGGCAUCCUCGGCACCGCAUGA